AUGAGUAUCUUAAACGUCUCGGAUAAAGUAGAAUUUGAUAAUUCACUCGUACGGAUUCAGUAUCAUAAUCAUUUACCAUACUCAUCAAAUUCUUUUAACAAUAGCGAUGAAAUUCGUAUUGCAAUUCAACAACAGGACGUUUACACGUUACCAAGUCAAUCUUUUAUUUACGUACAAGGGAAACUAUUGAAAGAUGACGGAACCGUUGAUAAAGAUUCAAAAUUGUCAGCAAAUCCGAUCGCUCAUAUGUUUAGUGAAGUACGAUUUGAAUGUGGAGGGAACGUAAUUGACAGAGUAAGAAAUCCAGGAAUAGCUAGCACAUUAAAAAAUCUUUGCUCAUUAACAAGAUCGGAAUACUAUCAUGCCUCUAACGCAGGUUUCGAAUAUCCAAAUGUUAAAGUAAAUGAAAAUACAGGAGAUUUUGAUUUUUGUGUUCCCUUGAAAUAUUUUCUUGGUUUCGCAGAAGAUUAUAAUAAAAUUUUGAUAAAUCUCCGUCAAGAAUUAGUUUUAGUACGCAGUAAUUCAGACAAGAAUGUUAUCGAAAGUCUUUUACCUAAUGUGAUAAUUACUAUUAAUAAAAUAGUAUGGAAAGUUCCUCAUGUUUCUGUAGCCGAUGUUGAACGUUUAAAACUUUUAGAGUACAUUGAACAAGGAAUUGAAUUAGACAUGGGAUUUAGAUCAUUUGAUUUACAUGAAUACCCAUCAUUACCAAAAAAUAGACAACACACAUGGACAAUUAAAACAUCUACUCAAUUAGAAAAGCCCAGAUACUUUAUAUUAGGGUUUCAAAUCAAUAGAAAAGAUAAUCCGUUACGUUCUGCAUCACAAUUUGACCACUGUAAUUUAACAGAUAUGAAAGUGUUUUUAAAUAGUGAGAAAUAUCCCUAUGAAGCUUUAAAUUUAAAUUUUAAGACAGGUCAAAUUGCAGUUUUAUAUGAAAUGUAUUGUAAUUUCGCAAAGACCUAUUACGAUCGAGAACUUGCAGAACCAAUGUUUAACAGAGAUACAUUUUUAGCACAUACACCGAUUAUUGUAAUUGAUUGUUCACGGCAAAAUGAUAUUUUAAAUGUUGGAACCGUAGAUAUUCGCAUUGGAUUUGAAAAGAGUGAAGAGAUACUUAAUGCUACUUCGCUCUACUGUUUAAUCUUACAUGAUAGAGUUUUCAAAUAUGUUCCUUUAGCUGGUAUGAUUAAUCAAAUAUAG